CAGCAUGCAAUCGGAGAGAUGAAUAGAAAACCUUCUGGGCAAUUUUAGGGUAUGCCUACAUGUUUAUAAGGAACAAUCUCUCCCCAUCAUCAGCACAUUCUUCUUCACUUCCUUAAGCACCUUUGCUCCUCACGUCCACUGUUGAAUAUCACGCCUUUUUCGACAGCCUUUCGCACCUUUCAUAUAUAACUCCAAGUCAAGUUCAUUCACUCUUUUCAAGUACAUAUCUAAAUUUCCAGUCCGAAACCAAAUCAAAAAAACUUCUACCCACCCUUUCAAUCACACAACCAAAUUCAAAAUGCAGCUCCCAAUCAAGACCCUCGUCGCUCUCCUCCCCUUCUUUCUCCAAGCCAGUGCUCAAGCUUCUGGUUCUGGUACCACCACUCGUUACUGGGAUUGCUGCAAGCCAUCUUGCGCCUGGCCUGGCAAAACUACUCUCCAAUCUGGCUCUGGACCAGUCGGAACCUGCAAUGUUAAAAACUCCCCUCUCUCAGACCCUACUGCAAAUGCUGCAUCUGGAUGCAACGGUGGAAGCGCCUACAUGUGCUCAACCCAAUCUCCUUGGGCAGUUAACGAUAAUUUGGCAUAUGGUUAUGCUGCCGUUCACAUUGCUGGUGGAAGCGAGGCUUCGUGGUGUUGUGCUUGUUAUGAAUUGACUUUCACCAGCACUGCUCUUGCUGGCAAAAAGAUGAUUGUUCAAGCUACUAACACCGGUGGUGAUCUUGGCUCAAACCAAUUUGAUUUGGCUAUCCCAGGUGGAGGUGUUGGAAUUUUCAAUGGUUGUACAACCGAAUUCGGUGCUCCUCCCUCAGGAUGGGGUGCACAAUAUGGUGGUGUCUCCGCCGCUUCCGCCUGCGCAACCUUCCCAGCUGCCCUUCAACCAGGUUGCAACUUCAGAUUCAACUGGUUCAAAGGUGCUAAUAACCCAGCUGUCAAUUUCAAACAAGUCGCAUGUCCAGCAGCAUUGACCAAGAACACUGGAUGCAAGAGAGCUGAUGAUUCAAGCAUGCCAGCUCCAGGUGCUUAGGGGAGUGUAUCCGCCUCCCCAGUUGCAAGCACUUUACAUCUGCCAAGACCUCUUCUGUUGCUGUAGCACCUAGGUUCGCAAAGACCAAUGUCGCCGUUCCUCAUUCCACCUCUGCUUUAACUGGAAAAGAUGAUGCUUGCGAUGCCGAGUAAAUUACGAAAACUAGGACUUUCGACAGGUAAUUGAGUUUGAUGAACCGUAGAGGUAGAGGUAGAGAUAGAUGCUGCGAGAAAGAUGGCUGGGUAGAGAGCUGGUCAAAGAUGAUGAAAGACACCUUGUAACUAUAUUUCCAAUCGCCAAAUUAAAAUAUGAGUUGAACCAAGUUUUUGAUAAAACCAUUCUACUUCUCUUAUACUGCUUAUGAAUUAUCGCAGCAUUUUGACGCCUUCUCUGUCACAAUGCCAAUUCAUACUCACAAAUGCAACGUUCCUCCACUUCUACCAAACCCGUCCGUACACCAAUAUAAAAUCGUCUGUGAGAACCUUGUCGUCGUAUAUCGAUACGAUAAGUAAGGUAUUUUACCUUGCUGGCUUUGGAGCUGUUAUACAUAUGUAAACUCCUUCAAACAAUCAGUGUCAAGGAAUGGGGUAAGUUUUGUG